UCCCGGGACUGUAUAUAAGACCUGACACAGCGACUCUCUCCACACGGACAAAACACUCUUCUCAGGUGCACUUGUAUGUCAAUCAAAAUGAGGGCUCUGGCAGUGAUCUUUACUCUGGCGGUCAUUACUGGCUGCAAUGCCCGUGUUCUGUUUCAGGCCGACGCCCCUCAGCCCAGAUGGGAGGAGAUGGUAGAGAGCUUCUGGACGUACGUAGCAGAGCUCAACACACAUGCUGAUGGUGUGGUACAGAACAUCAAAAGCUCUCAGCUCAGCAGAGAGCUUGACACCCUUAUCACUGACACCAUGGCUGAGCUGAACUCGUACACUGACAAUGUUCAAACCCAGCUGGCUCCAUACACCUCUGAUGCUGCCGGUCAGUUGAAUAAAGAUCUCCAGCUCCUGACUACCAAACUGCAAACUGACAUGACCGAUGCCAAGCAACGUUCCACCCAGUACCUGCAAGAGCUGAAAACCAUGAUGGAGCAGAACGCAGAUGAUGUGAAGAACCGCGUCAGCACCUACACCCGCAAACUGAAGAAGCGUCUGAACAAGGACACAGAGGAGAUCCGCAACACCGUGGCAACCUACCUGGGUGAGCUGCAGUCUCGCGCUUCCCAGAACGCAGAUGCCGUGCAGGACCGCUUCGAGCCCUACGUGAGCCAGGUCCAAGACAGUGCCAACCAGAAACUGGGUGCCCUUAGCGAACUGAUGAAGUCCCAGGCCCAGGAAAUGAGCGAGCACCUGGAGGUUCAGGCCGGAGCUCUGAAAGAGAAGCUCGAGCAGACCGCCGAGACCCUGCGCACUUCCCUGGAGGGACGCGUGGACGAGCUGACCAGCCUCCUCACCCCCUACUCAGAGAAGAUCCGUGAGCAGCUGCAGAUGGUCAUGGACAAGAUCAAGGAGGCCACAGAAGCUCUUCCCGCUCAGGCUUAAGAACUCUGUACACUCAUCUAAACACCAAACAGAAAGAUUAUCUUUUGUUACUGAAAUGUGCUUUUGUGGUAGGCUUAGGAGUACAGGACUCGAAUAAACUACUGGUGUCCAUCAUUGGACGGAUAAAUAAC